AUGAAUAUUCCAUAUAUAACAUCGAUUCAAUUAUUUCGUUUACGCCAUCUUUAUAUAGCCGCUGGUUCUGCGGCAUUUUUUGGCUUCAUAUUUGGUUUCGAGGGUGGAAUUACAACAAAUGCUUCAUUUUACCUGCAACAUAAUGAAGCUAUGCAACCUAUUGAUCAAACAUUUCUUUAUAUUCUAAUGAUUACCGCACCUGGAGCAGCAAUAAUCGCUGCCUUAUUAGCUGCACCAAUAAGCGAUCAAUUUGGUCGUAAAAGGGCUAUUUUAAGUGGAAUUAUAUGUGAUAUAAUUGGGGCAUUAUUGUGUUCACUUUCCAUAAAUAAAACAAUGCUUAUUAUUGGACGAAUUAUAAUUGGUUUUGCAUUAGGUUUUGGUUCAAGUACCGUACCGGUAUAUAUCAGUGAAAUAUCAUCACCUAAUUAUCGUGGUUAUCUUCUUACAUCAUUUCAAAUGUUUAUUACAUUUGGAUUAGCAUCAGCAAAUAUUGUUGCAAGUAUGUUAUCUUAUAUAGAACCUAUUUAUAUUGGCUGGCGUUUAAUGUUUAGUUUCACAAUUAUUCCAACUUUAAUCCAAUUUGUCAUCGUCUUAUUCAUGCCCGAAAGUCCACGAUGGCUAUGUGCUAAUGAUCGACAAGAAGAAGGCAUUAAAGUAACACAAUGGCUUUAUCAAAAUGAUAAAAACCUUCAGCAAAAAGAAAUUGAUUGCUUGAAUAUUUACAUUGGUUAUAAACAAAGGCUUAGAGAAAUGUUAAAAGGUGGAUGGCGUAUAAUGCAUAUUACCCGUGAUAUACAUGCAUUGCAGCAAAUUGCACUUGGUUGCAUGCUGCAAAUAUUUCAACAAUUAUCAGCUAUAAAUGCUAUCAUUCAUCAUUCGUCAACAAUCAUUAGAUCAGCUGGUGUUAAAGAAGUGGAAUCAGUUAUUUGGCUUUCAAGUCUUAUUUUGGUAAUAAAUUUCUUGAGUACCAUAAUUCCAAUGUUAAUCAUUGAACGUUUCGGUCGACGAAAAGUAUUGCUUAGUUCAGUAGCAGGUGUAAUUUUUGCACUUGUCUUUAUGGGAGUUUCAUUCGGAUACGCUAGCUGCGAUUCCGUAUUUGCUGUAUCGUUGAACGAAACGUUUCAAGAUGAUAUUCCAGAUUUCGUUCCAUACUUCAAACAUUGUGCCCAGUUUAAAAAUUGUAAUUCAUGCACCAAUGAUAACCAUUGUGGUUUUUGCAUGCCAAAGAAUUCUCCAACUUAUGGUUAUUGUUUACCGAUCGAUCAAAAGGCCAGUAUAACUGAAUCAAAAUCUUUAAUAGGCCCAUGUUCUUUCACAAAUUGUUCAAUAGGGUAUGAUUGGAUGGAUGAUUACUGCUCCACCGGCUAUAUCAUUCUACUUCUGGUUCCACUCGUAACUUUCAUCAUAUUCUUUGCUUGUGGUUAUGCACCAUCUUCAUGGGUUAUUAAUGCCGAAAUUUAUCCCAUGUGGGCACGAAGUAUUUGUGUAAGCAUUGCUGCAUCAUGCAAUUGGUUCUUUGAUAUCAUCGCUUCAAUAUCUUUCAUCUUACUAAUCCGUAAUGUUGGAAGAGACUCAGCUUUCUUCAUAUAUGCGGCACUUACAAUGAUUGCAUUUGUGUUCUUUUUCAUUUUUUUAUCCGAAACGAAAGGAACAAGUUUGGAGGAUUUGGAAAAGACGGAUAAAGUUAAUCAAAAAUGUAUAACACUCGCAUCUUUUACAAAAUGUUCUAAUCCUUUAUUUCAGUCACAAAAAUGUGAACAAAUGCAAGCAUUCGAAUAA